AUGAGGACUCAACUUGAGGGCAUGGGGCUGGACUACAAGGCGCCCGACUUUGGUGGCAAGGCGCCCUCACGCCCGAAAAAAGGCACGUCGAAGAAAGGGAAGAACAAGUCCUCCUCCUCCGGAGUUAAGGCUGAUGCGCCUGCCGCUUCACGGAAAUCGAAGGGGCGUUCAAGCCCCCGGCGUACCAAUACACAGAAGGCGCCUAUCGUCUCUCUUGUGGAGGAGGAGGAGGUUGCGCCUAGUGUCGUGCAACCCGAAGAUAGGGCGCCCAGCGUUGACAUUCCGUCCGAUGCGGAGUUGGAUAUCGACGAUGUCCCUCUAGGGCAUAAAUUGAAGAGGAAGAACGUUGAGGGAGAUGCACAGGUGCCAAGCAAAAGGCAGCGCACAAGCGCAGAGGAGCGUGUGCCCGAGUUUGUUGAGAAGUGGCUGCAACCACCAAGGCACAGGGUCAACAUUGCUUGCUCUGACAGGUCGGCUUUGGAGAGGGGCUCGGCGCUCGGUUUUGCCUUUCACGCGGCCGAGGUCCUGAGGGCGCCUAGCGAUGUUCAGGGCGCAAACUUGUGGGGAGAAGUGGCUCGCAUGGCUACCCAGAUGCUUUUGCUCGCCAAGAACGGCGCAUUGGCAAGCGAGGCGCUGCGCAUGGGAGAGAAUGAGGCGGCCAAUUCCCUUAGUGUGAUGAGGGAUGAUUUAGCGACCGCGCAGAGGCGCCAAGCGGAGCUGGUGCAAGCGUGCAAGGAUGCCAACCUCGAGGCUGCAAAGGCUAUCUCUCUUGUCCAAAAGUCCAUCGACGAGGAAAAGCAGAGAUUGAAAUCAGAGCACGAGGCCCAGCUCGAGAGUGUCAAACGGGCGCAUCAUGAGGCGAUGGCCAAGCUUGUGAAGGAAAGAGAUGAUCUGGACAAGGAAGCGGGCGCCCAAAGGAGCGAAAUCGACCUCCUCACUGAAGAGAAGAUGGCGCUGGAGAAGGAGAAGAAGAUUUUGACCAGGGAGAACAAGAGGCGCCAGGAAGAGUUGGAGGCGCUUAAGCAAGGGAAAGCGACGGAGACGGCGCCCGUCUCAGACAUGGCGCUUAAGGCCCAGGCUUCCCUCAACAGCAUCCUCAUUUUGAAGAGGAAGUUGGAGGCUGACCAUCCCACUAUCAAUUGGGAUGUCAAGGAGAUGGCCAAUUUCGUCAUCGACUUCAUGGCCAGUGGGCGCCCCGUCGUGGAUCCUGCUCCUGCGCCACCUCAGGAACCGGAGGAUGAAGGAGAAGAUUCGGGAUCAAGCUCAGAGUCUGGCGACGAGUCAUCAGGCGAGGAGUAG